AUGGACGACCAGGGAGCACGGAUACGAGUCCUUUGCCUUCACGGCAAGGGGACCAACUCCAACGUGAUGACCACGACGAUGAGGCCCCUCACCCGCAACCUGGGCUCCUCGAUCGAGUGCCACUACCUCGACGGACCGGUUCCCUGCGCGCCCUACCACGGCAUCCAGCAAUUCUUUGGGGAUCAGCCGUACUUUGCGUGGUACGAUGCGCCGACGCGCGAAAACCUCGAAGAGGCCUAUGCCUACGUCCUCACCUACAUCCUGUCCAAGGGGCCGGGCUUCUUUGACGGCAUCAUGGGCUUCAGCCAGGGGGCGGCGCUGGCGGCCACGCUGGCGAUACGACACCAGGACAAGCUCUUCCGCUUCGCCGCUUUCCUGUGCGGAGGGAGGCCGUUCGAUCCUGCCACCGGGCAGCGCUACGAGCAUGUCCCAGGAGAGCGCAGCGGGCUCGCCGCCUCGCCAUUCGAGCUCGAGCUCGAGAAGGACAGGGGCAGCCGAUCGGUCUCGAUCCGAAGGACCUCGUCGAUCGAUCGGAGGAACCGAGAGAUUGCGCCGGCGUCGGCCAGCAAGGCGCUGUCGGCGUCGCUCUACGCCAUCCGGAUCCCCACGGUCCACCUCAUCGGGCUGCACGAUUCGGCCAAGGCUGAAGGUGUCAAGCUGAUGGAGCUCUGCGACCCAAAGCUGCGCGAGGCCUUCGAGUACGACGGGGGUCACUGCCUGCCUCGCAGGUCGACCGACGUCGUCGAGCUGGCCAGCCUUUUGCGCAAGGCCAGCGGCCUCGUUGUCGUCGCCUAG